CUCGAUGGAGUAUGUGAGAGCCCUGGAGGACCUCCAAGAGGAGUCCAGAUGUCCCAUCUGCCUGGAGUACUUGAAAGACCCAGUGACCAUCAGCUGUGGGCACAACUUCUGUUUCUCCUGCCUCAGUGCAUCCUGGAAGGAUCUAGAUGAUGCCUUUCCCUGUCCUGUCUGCCGUUUUUGCUUUCCAUACGGGAACUUCAGGAGGAACCCUCAGCUCCGUAAUUUGACUGACAUUGCUAAGCUGCUUCAGGUCAGAAGGAGCAAGAGGAAGAGGCAGAAAGAGAAUGCUGUGUGUGAAAAGCACAAUCAGUUUCUGACCCUUUUCUGUCUGAAGGACCUAGAGAUCUUAUGUACACAGUGCAGUUUCUCCACUGAACACCGGAAGCACUACAUUAGCACCAUUGACAAAGCUGCCUCUUACCACCGAGAAACUCUGCGGUGUAGCACUGAGCCCUUGAAGAAUAAUAUAGAACGAGUUGGAAAAGUGAUAGCUCUGCAAGGCAGCAAGUCAGUGGAGCUUAAAAAGCAGGUAGAAUAUAGGAGAGAAGAAAUCAAUUCUGAGUUUGAGGACAUUAGACUGUUUUUACAGAAUGAGCAAGAGGCUAUUCUUAGGCAGAUACGAGAUGAAGAGAUGGACAUUUUAACAAAACUAAAUAAAAACCUUGUAACAUUUUCAGAUGAUGUUUCCACAUUAAGACAUCUUCUGAGGGAGAUAGAGGGCACCUGUGUGCAGUCAGACAUGGAGUUACUGGCAUGCGUUAAGAGUAUCUACCACAGGUACCAAAACCUAAAAUACCCUGAAACCUUUUCAUUCAAGCUAUCAAAAUAUGGAUUCAGACUUCCUCCCCAGUAUUCUGGCUUGGACAGAAUUAUCAAGCCAUUUCAAGUAGAUGUGAUUCUAGAUGUUGACACAGCACAUCCUCAACUUGCUGUCUCUGAGGAUAGAAAAGCCGUGCGAUACGGAAGAACAAAACAAAAAGGUGCCUGUAACGCGAGGAGAUUCCACCUUUGCCCUGCUGUCCUGGGUUCUCAGAGGUUUAGUUCUGGCAGACACUACUGGGAGGUGGAAGUGGGCAAGAAGCCUAAGUGGAUACUGGGCGUGUGUCGAGACGGAGUUGCCAGGAGCUGGCAGGAUCAGCCGUCGGUUCUGGGUGGGUUCUGGGCAGUGGGGCGAUACAUGUGUGGUGGCUAUGUGGCAUCGGGCCCUCGGAGAGCCCACCUGCUGCCAGCAGUAAGACCCAGUAAGAUUGGCAUUUUUCUGGACUGUGAGUUGGGUGAGGUCUCCUUUUAUAAUAUGAAUGACAGGUCUGUUCUCUAUACUUUUAAUGAUUGUUUCACAGAAGCUGUUUGGCCUUAUUUCUAUACCGGAACAGAUUCAGAACCUCUUAAAAUCUGUUCGGUAUCAGAUUCUGAAAGAUAAAGAACCUGGUAAAUGAACCU